UGCUAUUAUUGACUCUAUUUCAAUGAAAUUUGAGUUGACAUUACCUAAUUAGAAAAGAAGGCUGCACAGAGGUCCUAGUCCAAUUACAUUGCCCAUUUGGCAUGAUUAAUAUCAAACCAGAAAUUGAAAAGUGAAAACAAGUUCAAAUGUUACAUCACAACAUUAGCUAAUCAGAAGAAAAAUUUAAAAGUUACCAUCAGAAGAAGCUGAUCCAUGGACAAUUUUUCAAGCAAAGAAGAGAGCACAUAUACAGCCAAUAAGUGGGAAGAUGUGGUCAUGAUCACAACAAAACUUGUGUCCUCUUCCUCUGCAAUUGUCACUCCAAAGUAUUUGCUGGCUCAAGAUUAAUCUUAGGAGAGGUUGAAUCAUGGGGUUUGAAGAAGGGAACUCAGUAGAAGUCUUCAAAAGAGUACACGAGCCAUGUGGCUCCUGGUUUCCAGGCUAUCUAAUUUCGGUGGAUGGUGACUGUUAUAUAGUUAGGUAUUACUUACUUGCAGACCCUGAAGGAGAGCCUGUGAUAGAGAAGGUGCACAAGGAGGAUGUUAGGCCUCAGCCUCCUAGUAAAAGGAAGAAAAGAUGGAUGGUCGGUGAUGUAGCGGAGGUGUUUGAUAUUCAACGUUGGAGGUUUGGAAAAAUUGUCAAGGUGUUGAAGAACAAUGACCUUUUUGUCAUAAGAUUGUUUGGUUCCAUUCAACUCAAAGAAUUUCAUGAGUCCAAGCUGAGGAUUCAUCAAACUUGGAAUAAGAAUAAGUGGUCAGUGAUGGAGAAGGUCUCACUGCAGGUUGCUCAAAAUAAAGAACCUACAAAAGAGUCAACAGAAAACGAGUCAAAACUUUCUGGUAGCUUGUCUAACAGUUCUCCGGCAGAAGUGAUAGGCGAAGGUUCACGCUUGAGAAAGAGAGACAGAAAGACACAUCCUAAGGAUAAACAAAAGUGUCUCCCUGCAAGAAUGAUAAGCAGAAGCAAUACUUAUUAUUGUCUUGAAAGAGCUUGCAAGGACUUGAGAAAAUGUCACAGGCCUCUCACAAGAAAACUUCCUCUGUUUAGGCAGGUAGAUGACAUUUCUUCUCAAAAAGCUAGAGCAGAUGAGAAAUUCAAGGAGGGAAUUAUUGAGAUGGAUGCUUAUACAGCAAAAAGAGCAACUGACUGGCUAUGUAAUUCUCCCAAGUCACUUUCAACUGAAGAAAGCGACCAAUGCUCUGUUGCUAGCUGUAGUUCGAACAAUUUCUGUGACUUUCCUAGUCAUAAUUGCUGCAAAGCAUUGGAGGCCAUAUCAGAUAACUCAGAUGCCGAAUCAUCAUCGUUUCCUUGCUCUUCUGUCAACAUAAGUUCAACUCCAUAUUUUGAACAGAAGCUAGAGGCCAACAUUCAUGAACUAGAGUUUCAAGCUUACAAGUCAACAGUGCGGGCAUUGUAUGCUUCUGGUCCUUUAAGUUGGGAGCAAGAAUCACUUCUAACAAAUCUUCGCCUAUCCCUUCACAUUUCUGAUGAGGAACAUCUACUCCAGCUGAAGCACCUGUUGUCUACUUAAAAUAGUUCUGUAAUUGCCUCUUUUGCUUUCAAAUGUACAUACGUGUAAAUUCUGUGAAGGACUUAGGUCACUGUCCUUGAAGUAGAUAUCCUUCCCCCUUAGAGGUUGAUCACGUACAAACCAUUUACUACUUGAAUUACCCUCGCCCAUGUACUCUUUUUUUUUUUUUUUUAACUCUAAUCCAUGUCCCAUAAUCACCCUCAUGGAGGGUUUCACCGAUCUAUAAAACCCCUUUGACAAAAACAA